AUGUCAAGCCAAAGCCUCGAGAAACCGGCCAUUGGCCAUGACUCAAAGGACAGCGCCGAGCAUCUCGAGUUCCAGGUUGCUGGCAUCAAUAACAUUAGCAAUGACGCACUCGACAACCUCGACACUAUAGAACUCACAAAGACGGGCUUUUAUUCAUGGCUUGUGUCCAUUACAGCUGCCAUUGGCGGUUUGCUCUUUGGUUACGAUACUGGCAUCAUUGCGGCUGCUCUACUGUACAUUGGAAAUGACCUCAACACGUCCCUCACGUCGCAAGACAAGGAGCUCAUCACAUCCAUCACCUCUGGAGGUGCCUUUCUUGGCGCCAUUUUUGCCGGAACAACUGCCGAUAGAUAUGGACGAAAGAUUGCCAUUUACGUCGGAUGCGUACUCUUCACCGUCGGGGCCAUCUUGCAAGCCGCGUCGUUUUCGCUGGCCCAGAUGGUCGUCGGCCGCUUGGUCGUCGGCUUUGGCGUCGGCUCCGCGGCCAUGAUUGUGCCCCUCUACAUUGCCGAAGUCUCGCCCGCCAAGUACCGCGGCCGCAUGAUUGGCCUCGACAACAUGUCCAUCACCGGAGGUCAGCUCAUCAGCUACGGCGUCGGAGCCGGUUUCGCCCCGGUCCGCGGGGGCUGGCGAUACAUGGUCGGCGGAGGAGCCAUCCCCGCUCUGGUCCUCGGCGUCCUGCUCAUGUUCUGCCCCGAGUCGCCCAGACAGCUCAUCAUGCACGGCAAGCAGGACGAGGCCAAAGUUGUCAUUCGAAAGAUCUUCCCUCAUGGUUCUGAAGAGGAGGUUGAGAACAAGGUCAAGCUCAUCUCCUACCACGUCGAGCAGUCCAAGCAGUUGAAUGCUGGAAAGUCGCAGUGGUGGAUCUUGAAGCAGCUGUAUGUGGUUCCGGCAAACUUCAGGGCUCUGCUAUCUGCUUGCACUCUCAUGGCCAUUUCUCAACUCUGCGGUUUCAACUCUCUCAUGUACUAUUCUCCUACAAUUUUUGCUCAGAUUGGUUUCAGUAAUCCCGUUGCCGUCGGAACCAUUAUCGCGGGUGUCAACUUCUUCUUUACCUUUGUCAACCUCAUUGCCGUCGACCGCAUUGGCCGCCGCCGAAUUCUGCUCUGCACCGUGCAAUUCAUGGGAAUUUUCCUCGUUGUAGCAGCCGUCGCCUUUCACUACAUUCCAAUGAACAAGGACCUCACCAUUGUCGAGGGGGCUUCAAUCGGAUGGCAGGCAAAUCUGGUGUUGGCUUCCAUGAUCUUCUUUGUCGCCUUCUACUCGUCGGGUAUCGGAAACACGGCUUGGCUCAGCAGCGAGUUUUACCCCCUGGAAGUCCGAUCCAUGGGAACCAUGAUGUUGACCAUGACUUGUUGGGGCGCAAAUAUCAUUGUGGCAUCUACCUUUUUGACUCAGAUGGAGAAUACCACGCCUUCUGGUGCCUUUGGCUUUUAUGCAGCUAUAUGCCUUCUUGGAUAUGUUUGCAUCUACUUUGGCUACCCCGAGGUUGCUGGAAUGACUCUCGAGGAUAUUCGGGUCAUCUUCCAACAUGGAUUCGGUGUCAAGAAGGCGCGAGAGAUUCAGAAGCAAAUGAAGGCGCAGCGUACCUCGAAAGCUUGA